GCGCUUGGUUUGGUUCUACUUGUCCGUAGUAAUCGACAACCCAACCCGUCCCCCCCCAUCGACAACCCCGACAAACGACACCCAGCGACAGACCCCGGGACACUAUUCAAAAUGGUCAACCUCAGAACCCAGAAGCGUCUCGCUGCGUCCGUCAUGGACUGUGGAAAGAGAAAGGUCUGGCUGGACCCUAACGAGAUGAACGAGAUUUCCAACGCCAACUCGCGCCAAACUAUCCGCAAGCUGGUCUCGGACGGACUCAUCAUCAAGAAGCCCAACGCUAUGCACUCGCGUAGCCGAACCCGCGACCUCCAGGAGGCUCGUCGUGCUGGUCGUCAUACCGGUUACGGUAAGCGCAAGGGUACCGCGAACGCCCGUAUGCCGUCUCAGGUCCUCUGGAUGCGCCGCAUGCGUGUCCUCCGUCGCUUGCUCGUCAAGUACCGGGCUUCCGGCAAGAUUGACAAGCACCUUUACCACGAGCUGUACCACUCCAGCAAGGGUAACGCUUUCAAGCACAAGCGCGGUCUCGUUGAGCACAUCCACAAGGCUAAGGCCGAGAAGGCCCGUGAGCGUGUCCUCAAGGAGGAGAUGGACGCGAAGCGUGCCAAGACCAAGGCUGCCCGCGAGAGGAGACAGAACAGGCUCCAGGAGAAGCGCAAUGCUCUCAUGGGAGACCUCGCCGAGGAGGAGAAAUAAAAAGGGUUUCGUUCUUGACGGUGUACUUGGGGUUUUCACUUUCGGCUCUCAAUCGGCUUGUUCUUGGAAUCAUCUUCCUCCAAAAUAAAUGUCUUUCGGGGUCCUUGGCUCCUGGGCUUCUGGGUGAAAUUUGAUCUGGUACAAUCCUUUUACCGAAUGGGUAUCUAGUCCUGCUCUCUCUGUCAUGCAUUUGUUGUGAUGAGAAUCGGAUUGGCUACUUUCAGUAUGUUUGGGAGCAUUGGUUUGGCGUUGGUUCUUUGCUUGGUCUUGUUGGGCGGCAUCUGUACUUCUCUCAUUCUCUAUCUUCGUUCAGACAUGAUGCAAUGAGACAAGAUCAUGAAUUUUUGUACAGUACCAUGCCGUCCAACACGUCUUCAAUCGCCAUCAUUAAACUCCAACGAAC